ACUGCUCCUUUGACUUCCUUUUGCCCUGGAAAUGCUAAAAGUCCCUCACUACUGGACAUAGCUUUUUAAAUAUCUGAGGACUCAGAUGAUCAGAUCACCUAAAAAAUGAGUACCCCGACAUAGAAACUGAAUUGGUUGAAUUUAUUAAGCACAUGAUAACCCACAUUUUACAUGAAGGAGCCAAGAGAUUGGGAGCUUCUAGAGUCUCUUGAUGAAAACUGCAAGUUUAGAGGCUAAAUCCACCCAAAACUGGUACCUUGGUUAUGUGUGAUUGCUGUUCGUUUAAACCACUCACUAGAUUGUGCUGAUCAGCCAACUCUGACUAAGUCACAAGAUGGAGGGACAAAAAGAAGAACAGAAACCAGCAGCUGGGGGGAAUAAAAGGUUCAUUAUUCCAUCUCAGGAGUCGGAGACCGUUCCGGUACGUUCCUUGUUUCAUGCCCAUUCAUCAGUUUCAUCCACAGAUGUGGUGUCAGGCAGCAGUUAUGCUGAUUAUAUUUUCAAGAGGGAACCCAAGGUCACAGAACGAAAGAAUGCAGAUGUCAAGCAGACUUCAGAUCUGGAGCACAAACCUUUGGCAGAGCAUUUUGGCUCACAACAGAAGAUUCAGGAGGAGUCUUCCAGUCUUCAACAAUAUCCUCAAUCCAUGAAUAAAGACUUGGGCUCAGAAGAUAAGUCUCUAAGUGGGAAAGAAAGUUUGGGGACAGAACAGAAGAUUGAAAACGGGAAGGGGGAUCCUGUGAAGGUGGCCAGUUCUGUUGGAGGACCGUCGGCCAUCUCAGUGGUAAAGUCAGUCGGUGGGAAGAGCUGUAUUGUGGUCAGCACACGACAGAGGGGGAAUCCGCUUCUGAAGCACGUCCGGAAUAUCCCGUGGGAGUUUGGAGAAAUUGUACCAGACUAUGUGUUGGGGGACACUUGCUGUGCUCUCUUCCUUAGUUUGAGGUAUCACAACCUGAACCCAGAGUACAUACACAGCCGGCUGAAGACGUUGGGCCAGGCCUACGCUCUGCGAGUCCUCUUGGUGCUAGUCGAUGUGAAAGAUCCCCAUUUUGCACUGAAGGAAUUGGCCAAAAUCUGCAUCCUUUCCGACCUUACCCUGAUACUGAGCUGGAGUCCCGAAGAGGCGGCCCGUUACCUGGAGACCUACAAGUGUUAUGAGCAAAAGCCAGCUGAUGCCUUGAAGGAGAGGACUGAAAGUGAUUUCAUGUCCAGGAUUACAGAUUGCCUUACCACAGUGAAGUCGGUGAACAAGACAGACAGUUGCACACUGCUCACCACAUUCGGGACUCUUUCAGACCUUGCCAGUGCCUCUCGAGAAGACCUGUCUUUGUGCCCAGGAUUUGGACCACAGAAAGCAAAGAGACUGUUUGAUACUCUACAUGAACCAUUCCUUAAUCCGAAGAAGCCGCAAUUUACAUUGACAUCUGUGCAGAAUGUCUCUGAAAUCGCAGCCGAAAUGGGGACUGACAAGCGGAAAUCGUGCUCAGCUGAACUUGCACGGUUUCAUUCCCGCAAGUCAGUGUGAACCUGGGCAAAGACAGCGUGUGCUGAAAGAGCAGAGCUGACAGGACACAUUGAGUACAGCAUUUGCACUGAAUUAUCAGUGUCCCAUGAGUGCAGCCUCAUCAGCGCAUAUCGAUGAAGAAGAAAGAAAUUACUUAUUUGCAAAAUGUUAUA